UCUAUUUCUUUCUGUGUGUUUAUACAUAUAUGCAAUUGUACCUGAAGUCAAACACCAUAUAAAGGUUGCUUCUUGGUAUUUUUUACAGAUUCAAGAAACCAAAGACAAGAAUUAGGUUUUUUAAAUUUUUGUAAGUUGAUAUACAGAUAUAUAUAUAUAUAUAUAUAGAUACUAUAGUUGUUGAAAAUGAAGAAGAGAAGCAGUGACUCAUCCAAACUUGAUCGAAAAACUGUGGAAAGAAACCGGAGAAUUCACAUGAAAAGUUUAUGCUUCAAGCUUUCUUCUCUAAUUCCUUCUCAACACUUCAAGGCUUGUGAUAAGGAGCAUUUAUCUCAACAAGAGCAGCUGGAGCAUGCUGCUACAUACAUAAAAGAACUGAGAGAAAGGAUAGAAGAAUUAAAGGGGAGAAAAGAAGAAGCAAUAAUGGAGGAGUCAGGAAGAGGAAAGUACAGAAGCAAUAUUAAUGAUGGAGGAUUAAGCUUACCAAUGGUUGAAUUAAGAGACAUGGGUUCAAGUAUUGAAGUAAAUGUGAUCAGUGGGUUAAACAAGAACUUUAUGUCAUACCAAGUUAUCAGAAUUCUCCAGGAAGAAGGAGCUGAUGUUGUCAGUGCCAGCUUCAACACUGUUGGAGAUAAGAUUUUCCACACUUUCCAUGCUCAGGUCAAAAUUACUAGAGUUGGUGUGGAGACCUCAAGAGUGAGUCAAAGAUUAGAGGAAAUGAUAUGUUUAGGUUCAGCUAAUAUAUGAAGAUAUAAGUUGUGUUGGGUAAUUAAAGAGAAGGGAAUCAUCAAAAUCACCAUGAGAUGUUCUGGGAUUUCUGAUGAUUAAUUACUUCACUUUUCUGCUAGAAGAAAAUUAUAUACAUACAUAUAUAUAUAUAUAUACAUAUGUGUAGUCCCUACCCAGAUGAUAAAUGUCCAC